CGAUCGGGACCAGAGUAGGCCGAAGCCCGUGAGCCCAAAACCUUGAAACCCCGGUUCUAAUUGAAACCCUCGAUUUGCUUUGUUCCAAUUUCGAUUGAAAGUGUGUGGGUGUUUUCAGACACUGCAGAAGGAGGAGCUGCGAAAAUUCUCUUUCGAGGAAUGCUGUUGAAAUGGAGAAUAUAACAGAAAUGGAGACUGAACAGCAGAGUAUAGAUACUGCUACGGAAACCGAUAAACAAAUUGAGACUGAACAGCAGAGUAUAGGUAAUGCUAUGGGAACAGAUGAUAAGAAUCCAAAAGAGACAGUAGGAGAGGACGGUUCUGAAAGUGAACAUAAGGAUUCUCCUUCUCCCAUGGUCACUGAAGAAGCUACUUCUCAUGCUUCCACCCUUGAGAAGGCGACCAACGAUGAUGAUCCACGAAAGAUUGAUGAUGAGAAGAAUUCUCAAUUAGAAACAACUCCUUCUCCUGAAGAAGACACUUCUCAUGCUUCUACCCUUGAGAAGGCCGAAGAUGAUCUAUCGAAGAUUGGUGAUGAGAAGAAUUCUCAGUUAGAAGCGAACCGGCGUCCAAGUCCUCCUCCUUCAGGUGUUAUAGAUCCUGAAGAAGGGUUUAUCAAGCCUACUGUGGAAGACACUUUAGAACAGAACAUUGCGUCCAACAAAGUAAGUUCGGAUGUCUUGAGAGAUGACAGAGAUUCUGUCAUGAUUGACGAAGAUAUUGCAGUAGUCCAUGAAGAAACGACCACAGUACCUCAUAGCAAACUCUCGGAGGAUAAAAGAUCUCCACGUCAUCAUGCUAAUACUGUGAUGGAGCAGGUAAAACCUGCAGAAGAAUAUGACAUGACAUCCUCAGGAGACCACCACACCGAGAUUACAGUCACUCCUGAUACCAAACUCUCGGAGGACAUAGGAUCACCGUUUCAUCAAGCUGAUACUGUAAUGGAGCAGGACAAAACUGCAGAAGGAGAUGACAUGAUUUCCUCAGGAGACCUUACAGACUUUCCAGUCCUUCCUGACACCAAAAUCCCGGAGGAGAAAGGUUCACCGCUUCAUCAUGCUGAUACUGCAAUGGAGCAGGACAAAACAGCAGAAGAACAUGACAUGAUAUCCUCAGGAGAACGGGAAGAGUUUCCAAUCAUUCCUGAUUCCAAACUCUCGGAGGACAAAGGAUCACCGCUUCAUCAUGCUGAUACUGUAACGGAGCAGGACAAAACUGCAGAAGAACAUGACAUCAUAUCCUCAGGAGAACAUAAAGAGUUUCUAGUCAUUCCUGAUACCAAAGUUUUUGAGGAGGACAAUGACAAGAUAGACGAGGGCGAGGCUAGCAAUAUGAAUUUGGCUGACGAUGGAAGUGGGCCGAUAGAUCAUGCUCAUGGAACCACAAUGGAGGUUGAAAAGGGACCAGAGGUGCCUGGUCCUGAGACCGUAUCAAAUCUGGAGGAUGAUAAGCCAUCCGAGCCUCUCGUAGAAACCUCAGUGAAUGUGGAAAAGGAGCCAGACAUGCCUGACACUGAACAUUUUACAGAAAAUUACAAACUCUCUGAUGUUUUGGCUGCUGGAGUUUCAGGAGACAGUGACAAAGGGUUGUCUGUCUUGCCCGCUACCCAGAUUUCAUCUGAGCAUAACGAAGGAGUUGCUACACUUGAGGCUGAACCUAUAGAAGACAUGGAACUCGAUGUACCUGAUUCUAAAUUGGUCACUGAUGCUGAUAUUGACUCUACUAAUAACAACGAUGUGAAUGUCGACUUUUGUAAUGCUGAAAAGGAAGAUUAUUCUGUACCUGAGAGAAGUGAUGCUGAUAAUGAGAAUGCAUCAGUGAGACGUGAACCUGGUCCUCCUUGUGUUGUCUCUUCUGAUACAAAGCCUGAAGUAGGGGUAACUGGAGGCUUGAAUAAUGGGGUCCAUAAAGUAUGUCAGCCACCAUCUGGUUUAGAUGGGACGUUGAGCGCAAAGCGCUCCUUCCUCUUGGAUGAUACGUCGGAUGGCAAUGAAUCUGGAACGGAGGAGGAUCAAUCUGCUUUUAUGAAAGAACUAUACCACUUCUUUAGAGAGAGAAGCAUGGACUUUAAACCUCCAAAAUUUUAUGGGGAGGGACUAAACUGCCUUAAGUUGUGGAGAGCUGUAAUUAGAUUGGGCGGUUAUGACAAGGUUACUGGAUGCAAACUAUGGCGGCAAGUAGGAGAGUCUUUCAGGCCCCCAAAGACAUGUACAACAGUGUCAUGGACUUUUCGAGGUUUUUACGAAAAGGCUCUUCUUGAAUAUGAGCGGCAUAAAGUUAUGAUGGGUGAACUACAUAUACCCCUUGCUAUGGAACCAGAACCGAUGAAUAUUGAUAACCAGGCUUCUGGAUCUGGUAGAGCAAGAAGAGAUUCAGCAGCACGUGCUAUGCAAGGUUGGAAUUCACAGCGUCUUAAUGGGAACGGUGAAGUUAAUGACCCUUCAGUUAAGGAUAAGAAUUUAGUUCUUCAUCAAAAGCGCGAAAAACAGAUAGGAAACACUCCUGGUUUACUGAAACGCAAGAGGCCUUCGUCUACUGAACAUGCUAUCCAAGUGUCUAGACCUAUGUUGGAUGUGACAGUUGUUGAUGUUGGACCACCAGCUGACUGGGUGAAGAUUAACGUACAGAGGACGGAAGAUUGCUUUGAGGUGUAUGCAUUAGUCCCAGGACUAGUCCGUGAAGAGGUCCGAGUCCAAUCAGAUCCGGCAGGACGGUUGGUAAUAAGUGGCGAACCAGAGAACCCUAUGAAUCCAUGGGGAGCAACUCCUUUCAAAAAGGUGGUCAGUUUACCGACAAGAAUUGAUCCGCAUCAUACAUCGGCUGUGGUAACCUUAAACGGACAGUUAUUUGUCCGUGUGCCACUUGAGCAAUCUGAUUAGAAACGUUUUACAGUUUUUAACACAGCCUUUGAAGAUUGGAGACAGAUAAAGAAGAAUGGUAGAAAGUCUUUUGUCUGUAUAUUAUGAUUGAGAACAUGACACACAACUUGAGAGAGCCCACUUUAGGAUACUUUAAUUAGGCUAUCUAGUUCAUGGUCUCUCUUCUCUUUAAUUAGAUCUUUAAAUGUCACCAUUGGUUUGUAGCACAAGUUAUUUAAACCUUUUCUAUUAAGUGCCAUAUGGUUUAAUUUCCACA